GGUUGUGUCGAGACCAUAUACUUGUGUACGUGCUGUUCUGUGCAACAAUGUUGCAUUAGGGCGAUUCUGGAAACAAGUUAACGUUUUUUCAUUUAACUAAACAGUCGUGUCUGGAUUCCAACACAUGCAAGUUACUUGAUGAAAAGAAAAAUGCUCACCGAUACUUGCAAUCCGUAAAUUACUGUCAGAAUUUUUUUUUUCUGCCAGUAAACCAACCUAUCAUCGUUCUGCCAUUCUUUGGCACUUUUCAGCAUCUUACAAUGAGGUUAACCACGUUUCUUUUGAAAAACACAACGCCAAAGAUUGAAUAUUAUUCCAAGUUUUCACCGUCUCCUCUUUCCAUCAAACAGUUUUUGGAAUUUGGGAGGGAUAAUGCUUGUGAGAAAACCUCGUACAUGUUCCUGCGGAAGGAGCUGCCGGUCCGACUGGCCAACACCAUGAGAGAGGUCAACCUGCUGCCGGACAAGCUGGUCAGCCAGCCCUCGGUCAAACUGGUACAGAAAUGGUACAUGCAAAGCUUCCUGGAGCUGUUGGAUUAUGAAAACAGGAAGCCCGAGGACCCUCUCGCCCUGCAUGAUUUUUUGGAGAUCCUCAUCGAGAUCCGGAACAGGCACAACGACGUGGUUCCCACCAUGGCCCAGGGAGUGAUCGAGUACAAGGACAAGUUCGGCUUCGAUCCGUUUGUCAGCAGCAACAUUCAGUAUUUCCUGGAUCGUUUCUACACCAACCGGAUCUCCUUCCGGAUGCUCAUCAACCAGCAUACCCUCCUGUUCGGGAACGACACGAACCCCGCUCACCCCAAACACAUCGGCAGCAUCGACCCAACCUGCAAUGUGGCGGAUGUAGUCAAAGAUGCCUAUGAAACUGCCAAGAUGCUGUGUGAACAAUACUAUCUUACAUCCCCUGAACUUAAAAUAGAAGAGUUUAAUGCCAAGGCCCCUGGGACGCCCAUCCAGGCGGUGUAUGUGCCCUCCCAUCUCUUCCACAUGCUCUUCGAACUCUUCAAGAACUCCAUGAGGGCCACAGUGGAGACGCAUGAGCACUGUAAGGAGGGACUCCCCCCUGUGAAGACUAAAGUUACUCUGGGAAAGGAGGAUCUCUCCAUCAAGAUCAGUGAUCGAGGAGGAGGAGUCCCGCUGAGGAAGAUCGACCGCCUCUUCAACUACAUGUACUCCACGGCACCCACCCCCAGCUUGGAGCCCGGCGCCCGAGUGGUCCCUCUGGCUGGCUUUGGCUAUGGCUUACCGAUAUCCAGACUGUAUGCACGCUACUUUCAAGGGGACCUGAAGCUGUACUCCAUGGAGGGAGUGGGAACCGAUGCUGUCAUUUACCUUAAGGCCCUGUCCAGCGAGUCGUUUGAGCGCCUGCCCGUCUUCAACAAGUCCGCCUGGCGUCACUACCAAAUGGGCCCAGGGGCGGACGAUUGGAGCAACCCCAGCAGAGAACCACGAGAUGCCUCCAAGUUCAAGGCCAAAAGAUAACUCUCCUUCCCUGCCCACCCCUUUCCCAACUCCAUGCAAACACUCCACACUCUUCCUCCCCCUGCUCUCACUUCCUGUUAGCUUAGUUUCAGCUGCUAUAGCAAUUCGUCAACCAACCAACCUGCACUCCAGCAGUCCUUCCUGGUGUGUCUGAGAGUAGUAGUGAUCCCCAGAUCUCUCGCCCACUGCAGUUGCUUUCCUGAUGAUGUAGACGGUACAUCGGCUUCCUCAUACCUGAUUGUCCAGCAUGAGACAAUGGUUACGCCGCCCCCUAGUGGUCUUCUCCCAGUACAGCAAAAGGGAAAGCCGCCAUUGUGUGCCAGGGAUGAGAGGGCAUGGGGUCUCUGUUCGUGGUGCCGCAUAAUGGGGCUCCUGUUUGACUCUCCACCCCCCAACCCCCACCCCCCUGAGAAAGUAGGUUGGUGUUUCAGCUGAGAGCAACAAAAGGACGUUUCAGUGGAAGCUGAAAUGUCCAGUCACCCGUUACCUUGACGACCAGUCCUAGGCCCAGUGAUUGCUCACAGCUAGCUAGCUCACAGUUGAGGGACCCCAGAUGAAUACAAGAGAGAAAAGAACACAUACCUUAAAGUGUACUUAGGUACCAUGGGAACAAACAUUCUGAAAGAAACAACGUAACAUUAAUAUAUAUAUAGAAAUGAUUUUUUUUGUAUUUUAAAAGAGGUCUGGUUAGUUAGAGCAUGUGUGUUUAUUCUGAUGUGAUUAAAUUAAGAAUUUAAAGGACAUCAAAUGUCUAAACUUUAAAAGUAGUUACAGAGGAUUGCACUAAAUCAUGUAACAGGUCAAUUUAAAAAACGAGGGAGCAGAUUUUUGCAGUGCAGGGAAGAAAACGAUUUCUUUGAAUGCAGAAAAUUAGACCGGUAUGCACCUGUCAUGAGCAAUACUGACCCCCGUGCACCCUGUGUUGAAGGCAGGGACGCAACAAGAGUGAAAACUAAGGACCUACGGAACAAUGCAAGUCAUGCUUUCAACUCUCCACUCACCACCCCUCCCAUGGGGCAGUUCUCCAGCUUUCUGCUCUUUUCAGUCAUUACAGGGUUUUUUGGAGUUGGAGCAAUGAACAGAAUUCUUGGGAAUAUCCUUUUCACUUCAUUAUUUUUAAAUACUAAAGGUUGUUUUGGGGCUUUUUUUUUUGUCCUUUUUAUGUGUAACUGGAUCAAUUCAUGUUUUUCUUUUGUUGUUGUGUACAUUUUUCUUCAAUGUCCAACACACAAUGUUUUUUUCUGUCAGACUUCUUAUUUAUGGAAGGGGAGAUUAGUUUAUUGAAAUGAUUUUAAAUUUUUGUUAUUGUCAUAUUUGUGUUUCAUAUGCCGGCCAGUGGUUACUUAGAGAUUUAGAAUGUGGGCUGGUGAAAAAGUGAGGUUUUCUACCCACAGUGCAUCACUGCCCAGGGGUCGUGUCUAACACUAGCAAUCAAAGAUUCUAGAGCGCUCUGUUCUAGAAUCUUUGCUAGCAACCCUUUGAAACGGAUCUGGGCAGAAGUCCAUUUCGUUGUCAUUCCAGUUAUUCCGAGUGUAACCAGUUAUUCCGAUAAUAUCUGAGUGUUCUGUGUAUCUCAGCAGGAGGUGCCUUCUUCCUUCAAAGCGUGAUUCUGGACCAGCUCUGGCACUGGUUCUGACUUUGCACCACACUGGGCCCAGUUCUGGCCCAGAAUCAGCGGUCUCCUAGGUGACCCUCCCGUGUGUGUGCAGCCUCCUUAGCCGAAGGCUUCAAAGGAACAUACGUUUUUUGGAACGUUAGCUUAUUAGCCGUCUACCCCAGAGUUAUACAUGCCCUCCUCUUCUCUGUGCGUGCAAUGGAAUGGGUUAAACCAGUUAAAGCUAAAAGGAAGCUACAGGCUUAGGCUAACUGGUCUAACCCACUACCAGUGAAUUAUGCUAAGCUAACUGGUCUAGUCCACUACCAGUGAAUUAUGCUAAGCUAGGCUAACAGUGUCAGCCUGGGUUCUUGCAGAGACAGAGAAGAGAAGGCCAGAGACGGAGUUCCCACCUGUAUGUUCCAAGCUCAUGUUGUCAAGAGAACUAUAUUAUUAGGUGAGGAUUAGUAUAUCUGAAAAUAUGUGAAUAGGAUAAUAUAUACAAGAUUUCUUUAUUUGUAAAUUGUCAUCUCUGACUGGUAGAGAUGCCAAUCAAGCACUUUGUUUGCCAUGGAUCCCGUUGCGUGUAAGAAAUUUUUUUGUAUCACACACACACACACACACACACACACACUGAGAAGGUACAGUAUGAAAGAGUGUGUUCCCACUUCCUCAUUGUUAUUGUAGGCUUGGCUGCAGGCAUGGCCGACAUUACAACUAUACUUUGGUAUAGUUGGUGGGUGUGUGUGUGUGUGUGCUGUAGACCUUUUCAUACGUGUACCUCUAUAUAGCCUUGCAGUCUAAGCAUGGCAUAAUGUCUGCCCAUCAUCACAAAUACAGACACACACAGACAGUUCAAAACCUUUGUGGUAUUAAAUGGUUGAAUGGCAAAACCAUUGUACUCUAUUAGCUGUCAUUAAAUCAAACCUCUAUUAAAGAAUUCCACUAUUGAAACCA